AUGGAGCUUUCGGCGGUGGGGGAGCGGGUGUUCGCGGCCGAGGCCCUCCUGAAGCGGCGCAUACGGAAAGGACGCAUGGAAUACCUCGUGAAGUGGAAGGGCUGGUCGCAGAAGUACAGCACAUGGGAGCCCGAGGAGAACAUCCUAGAUGCUCGGCUGCUCGCCGCCUUUGAGGAAAGGGAACGAGAGAUGGAGCUCUAUGGUCCCAAAAAGCGAGGCCCCAAGCCCAAGACGUUCCUCCUCAAGGCCCAGGCCAAAGCAAAAGCCAAAACUUACGAGUUCCGAAGUGACACAGCCCGGGGUAUCCGGAUCCCCUAUCCCGGCCGCUCACCCCAGGACUUGGCAUCCACCUCCCGGGCCCGCGAGGGCCUUCGGAAUAUGGGUCUGUCUCCGCCUGGGAGCAGCAGCAGUACCAGCACCAGCAGCACCUGCCGAGCGGAACCUCCUCGGGACCGCGAGAGGGAGCGGGAACGGGAACGUGAGCGGGAGCGUGGCUCAGGCCGCACUGAAGACAAGCCCAGCUCUCCUAGUGGCGGAGACAGCUCCAAGAAACGAGGCCCCAAGCCCCGGAAGGAGCUCCUGGACCCCUCGCAGAGGCCGCUGGGAGAACCCAGUGACGGCCUUGGAGAGUACCUCAAGGGCAGGAAGCUGGACGACGCCCCUUCCGGGGCAGGAAAGUUCCCAGUGGGUCACAGUGUCAUCCAGCUGGCCCGGAGACAGGACUCGGACCUGGCGCAGUGUGGUGUGGCUAGCCCCAGUGCCUCGGAGGCCACGGGAAAGCUGGCCAUGGACACCUUCCCGGCCAGAGUCAUAAAGCACAGGGCUGCCUUCCUGGAGGCCAAAGGCCAGGGUGCCCUGGAUCCUGGUGGCCCUCGGGUCCGGCACAGCUCAGGCACUCCGGGCUCUGUGGGGAGCCUAUACCGGGACAUGGGGGCACAAGGGGGAAGGCCCUCCCUCAUCGCCAGGAUCCCAGUGGCCAGAAUCCUGGGGGAUCCAGAAGAAGAGUCCUGGAGUCCUUCUCUGACUAAUCUGGAGAAGGUGGUGGUCACCGACGUGACCUCAAACUUUCUGACCGUCACCAUAAAGGAAAGUAACACGGACCAAGGCUUUUUUAAAGAGAAAAGAUGA